AUUAGACUGGUCCAUUUUGCACCGGAAGCUGUGUUGUUUACAUUUUCUAAGAUGGCGGCGGGGAUGUAUUUGGAGCAUUAUUUGGACAGCAUAGAAAACUUGCCCUUCGAGUUGCAGAGAAACUUCAAUUUGAUGAGGGAUCUAGAUCAACGCACAGAGGAUCUGAAAGGACAGAUAGACUCUCUGGCUAAAGAGUACACAGCCAAUGCCAGGACUCUUUCCUCUGAGCAAAAGCUGUCCAUACUGAGGCAGAUUCAGCAGUCUUACAGUAAAUGCAAGGAGUUUGGAGAUGAUAAGGUGCAACUGGCCAUGCAGACCUAUGAGAUGGUCGAUAAACACAUCAGACGUCUUGACACAGAUCUGGCUCGGUUUGAGGCUGACCUGAAGGAAAAGCAGAUUGAGAGCACGGACUAUGAUUCCACAUCUAGUAAGGGGAAGAAAGUUGAGUCCCGACAAAAGGAAAAGAAGACUGCUAAAACAAGAUCUAAAGUGAAGAGUUCAGAUGAAGAUGGCAGUCCCAAGAGUGCACAGAAGAAAGUCAAACUCCUUCAGCCAGGAGAAUUCAGCAGCCCUACCACCAACUUUGGGAAUGUGCACCCAUCUGAUGUUCUGGACAUGCCAGUGGACCCCAACGAACCCACCUACUGUCUGUGCCAUCAGGUCUCUUAUGGCGAGAUGAUUGGCUGUGACAACACUGAUUGCUCCAUUGAGUGGUUCCAUUUUGCAUGUGUGGGCCUGACAACCAAACCAAGAGGCAAAUGGUAUUGUCCACGAUGCUCUCAAGACAGAAAGAGAAAAUAAAAACAGCUGGUUUACCUGGAACAAAAUGUGGACAAUGAUCAGAUGAUGAAAAUUAGAAGAAUAUUUCUUCAUUAGUUACUAGAAUUUUUUGUUUCUCAUCUUCCUUAACGUUUGGUGCUUUUUCUUUUGGUUUAUGUAAUUUGCCUGGGUAUGAUGCAGUGUGUGUGUGUGUGUGUGUGUGUGUGUGUGAGAGAGAGAGAGAGAGAGAAGGAGCGAAGUGGUUACAAAUGUAUUUAAAUAUUGAUUUUUUUUUUUAAAUGGUUAACAAUAAUUUUUUUUUUUUUUAAAGUUACCUUUGGUGCUCUUAUUAUGACUUAUUAUAAUUUUUUUUUUACGAGUGAAUAAUAAACACUACAACUGCCCCUAAUGGUUUAACAAUUGCAAGUCUUCACAAUACUUUAUACUGUAUUCACAUGUACAACUACAAAAUUUAAGUAUUUUCUCUGAAAACAGUUUGACCAUGGGUCAUUUUUUUGCUUUGUUGUAUAGUUAGUUUCUUGUGCCUAGCCUUGCAACACUAGUUUUAAGUAUAUCAAGUGGGCAAAAAAGUAUUAAGACAAAUGCUGCAUCCUGACAGUAUUGGUCACGUGGUAGUGAGUUAAACCAUUUUCAUUUUUACAUUUGAUUGAGUGCUGUAUAGAAAGUAAGAAAUUUUGUGAAAAAGUAUUGUCAUUUCUGUAGCUGAAGCAUUGGUACAGGGGAGGGGUGCUUGUGUUGUCAAUCAUUUGAAUACAGCUACUACCUCAAAAAA